AUGUUCAGGCAGGGCAUUCGUCGCUGCGCUGGCCUGGCAGGCGCUGCCAGGUCGACGUCGAUGAUGCUUCGCACACGCGCCGCGCUGCCGACCGCCGCGUCGCUCUCUCGCCGCAAUGCGCCCCUGAGCCUGAACACAUUGGCCUUGGCCUCUCGUCUGUACAGCACUGAAGCAGUCGCCCAAGACGCUUCCAAAGGCCAGGAUUCUGUUCCCGGCGAACUCUCAAAUUUCGCAGACCUUGCGCAGCUCGGCGUCCACGAGAACCUGCUGGGCGCCAUCGUGCGGGACAUGAAAUACGAGGCCAUGACGCCCGUCCAAGCAAAGACCAUCAACCCAGCUCUGAAAGGCAACGAUAUUGUCGCGCAGGCCAAGACCGGCACUGGCAAAACAUUGGCUUUCCUUCUGCCCCUCUUGCAACGAAUGAUCAACGAGGAUCCCUCCCUGGCCAGGAGGAGCGCAUCUUACCGCGCGAGGUCGGAUGAUAUCCGGGGCAUCAUCCUCUCCCCGACCCGAGAGCUGGCAGAACAGAUUGCCGUCGAGGCCCGUCGAGUCACCAAGAACACUGGUCUCGUCGUACAAUCUGCCGUCGGAGGCACUCAGAAAUCCCUCAUGUUGCGAGAGGUGCAGCGAAACGGCUGCCAUCUCCUGGUCGCUACGCCAGGUCGCUUGAACGACCUGCUGUCAGACCCGAGAAGCGGCAUCGCUGCGCCCAAUCUGGCCGCUCUUGUCCUCGAUGAGGCUGAUCGCAUGCUGGAUGUCGGCUUUGAAAAGGAACUCGACGAAAUCGUCAGCCGCCUUCCGUCGCCCAAGGAAAAGGUUCGCCAGACAAUGCUCGUCUCGGCCACGAUACCCGACAACGUCAUCCGUCUAGCUCGCACAAUGAUCCGACCAGACGACUUCACAUUCGUGCAGACCAUCCCCGAGAACGAGUCCUUGACACACGACAGAGUCCCCCAGCACAUUGUACUUCUUGCCUCCUGGGCCAAUGCCUUCCCCUCCAUUUUUGAAUUAAUCGACCGCGAAAUGACCAAGUUCCGAGAGGAUCCCGCAAACUCGUCGCCCUUCAAGGCCAUCGUCUACUUCAACACCACGGCAAUGGUCGAGCUUUGUGCAGAAAUGGCUUAUCACGGCAGGAGGAACGAUAAGAUGCCGUGCUCCACGUUCGCCAUCCACUCGAGGCUCAGCCAGGGGCAGCGGAGCAAGGCUGCCGAUAUGUUUCGCGAGGCUAAGAACGCGGUCCUCUUCUCUUCCGACGUCACUGCUCGCGGCAUGGAUUUCCCCAACGUCACCCACGUUCUGCAGGUAGACUUACCUCGGGAUCGCGAGUCAUAUAUUCACCGUCUCGGCCGUACCGCUCGACAGGGCAAGGACGGCCAAGGGUGGCUGUUCAUGCCGCCGCUGUCCAUGAACAGCGCCAGGAGAACCCUGCAGGGUCUGCCGCUAGCUAAGAACGAUUCGCUUAUCAGCGCUUCUGUUGACCCUGAGUCGGGAGAGCCUACCCGACAUCACAAGGACGUGGCGCAGCUUAUGCAGAUGGCCAAGCGGCACUUCAGCAUUGCGUACCAAUCCCUCUUUGGAGGCCAAACCUCCAACAGGGAAGAGCUUGUUGACGACCUGAAUCGCUGGGCGGUCCAGGGCGUGGGUUUCCCCGAGCCACCAGCUGUGUCACCGGAUGGCCCGAGGGACUUUGGCCGUGGUGGUCCGAGGGAUUUUGGCCGCGAAAUGAGUCACCAGGCACGCAAGGACGAUGUCAGGGGGGGCAGGGGCCAAAGCUUUGGGCGAGGCGGCGGUUACGGAGGCAGGGGCAGGAGCUCCGGAGGUUUCGGCGGCAGGGACAGGAGCUCUGGAGGCGGGCGGUGGUAA